CGCAUCGCAGUCCGGCAACGCCACAGCCGGUUAUUGUUUUGUUAUUGCUAUCUGUCAUUUGCACCGAAAUUGGGAUUGUUAUUGCUGUGCCGUGCAAAGUGCAUGUAAAUGCAAUAUCGGAUCUGUGCAAGGUUCUUGCCCUUUCGCUGGGUGUUUGCUCGCGACCUGUUGUUCGUUUCCACCAUCGCCGCCGUCACAAUUCGCCCGGCCUUAGCCACAAGCAGUUCGUGUUUCGCCAGCCGGGAAAGGUGCUUCUCUUCCAGUGUCCCGCCGUCCAGUUCCAGUUCCUGUAGUUCCAGUAGUUCCAUUUCCAUGAUGAGCGACCAAACGGGAGAGUCCUACCAAGCGGGCAGCAGUUCGGUGGCCUUUGUGACCACUCCGGAUCGGGAAACGGCUAGGAAACUGGCACGCAGCAUCAUCGAACGAAAACUGGCCGCCUGCGUCAACAUCGUGCCCCAGAUCGAAUCAAUCUACAUGUGGGAGGGCAAGGUCAAUGAGGACAACGAGUUCCUGCUGAUGGUCAAGACGCGCACCAGUCGCAUCGACGAACUGAGCAAGUUCGUCCGCGAGAAUCAUCCGUAUAGCGUCGCCGAGGUCAUCUCGCUGCCCAUACAGAAUGGCAAUCCACCGUAUCUCGACUGGAUUGCGCAGACGGUGCCGAAAAGCGCGGAUAAAACCCAGGACUAGGCCAAAUUUAUAAUGUGAUAUAAUGCGAUUAAAUGUUCACUGAAAAUUGGCAAUGUUUUUUUUUUAAGCUUUCCAAGGGCGCCAGCUUCAGGCGUUGCCAGUAGGCUUCAAUUUACACACUAAUUUUUAAGCAGUCCGGCAGGCUCAUAUUCAACACGGGUCGCGCUGUUUUAAAAGUUAAAUUCAAUUUUAUCAUUAAUUUCCACUGCAACAUUAUUGGAUUACAUCAUAAAAUGCUUUUAAUACACAGCUCAAACUUUUUA